UCCCCGUCCCUGUCCCCGUCAUGUUCCGCCUGGGCCCCGCGCUCCUGGCCCGCCUGGCCCGUGCUCGGCCCCGUGCCCCGCUGCGGCGGUGCGGGGCGGCGGCGGCGGCGGGCGGCGGYGAGGAGCAGGAGCGCUUCGUCUUCCUCGAGUACGAGAUGGACCCGGCUGAGAAGGCGGCGGCGGCGGCGCUGCAGCGGGAGCGGAAGCUGAAGGCGCGGCGGGAGCGGCAGGCGCGGGCUGCGGCAGCGGCGGUGGUACCUGGGCUGGCCGACCCGUCGGUGCCUCCGAGCGGCGUGAGCUGCUCGGGCUGCGGGGCCGAGCUGCAGUGCGGGGACGGCGGCGCGCCGGGKUUCGUGCCGGCCGACAAGUACCGCGGGCUCGUGUCCGAGGGCCCCGCCGGCCUGCGCGGCGCCGUGUGCCAGCGGUGCUGGGCGCUGGCGCAUCACGGGAGCGCCCUGCGGCUGCGGCUGCCGCCCGACGAGCACCGCCGCGUGGUGAGCGCCGCCCUGCGCCGCCCGCCGCGCCACGGCCGCGGGCCGCUGCUGCUCUACGUGCUGGACGUGAUGGAGCUGCCCGACCCGGUGCUGCCGCAGCUGCCGGCGCUGCUGGGCCCCGACGUGCCCGCCGCGGGCGUGCUGGUGGUGGGCAACAAAGUGGACCUGCUGCCCGCAGACUGCCGCGGACACCUGGGGCGGCUGCGGCAGCGGGUGGCGGCGGCMUGCGAGCGGGCCGGGCUGCGGGGAGCCGCGCUGGUGGACAUCCGCCUGGUGAGCGCCAAGACCGGCUUCGGCGUGGAGGGGCUGGUCAGCCGGCUGCAGCGCUCCUGGAAGUGCGCCGGCGAUGUCUACCUGCUGGGCGCCACCAACUCCGGCAAGUCCACGCUUUUCAACACGCUGCUGCGCUCCGACUACUGCAAGUCCCGCGCCCUCGACAUCAUCGACAGGGCCACUGUGUCUCCCUGGCCAGGAACAACACUGAAUCUGUUGAAAUUUCCGAUUAUUAACCCUACCUGUGACAGGAUAUUCCGAAGGCAGGAGAGGCUAAAAGAAGAAGCAACGAAAACAGAAGAUGAGCUAAGCAGUGAAGAAAAAAAGUACCUUAAUCAACUUAAAAAGCAAGGUUACUUAGUUGGAAGAGUUGGAAGAACAUUUCAGGGGCAGAAAUCUAGCUCUGAGAUUGAGUUUGACCCUGACAUGCUCUCCUACAGCAUGGAUGAAGAUCCCAGUUGUUCCCCUAAGAAGCAGGAGAAAAGGGAGGAGUUCACACACAAUGAAGUGAAGGAUGCUCGGUGGUGUUUUGACACUCCAGGAAUUGUGAAAGAAGACUGUGUUUUGAAUCUCCUGACAGAGAAGGAAGUAAAGCUGGUUUUGCCAUCACAUGCCAUUAUUCCACGGACCUUCAUUCUCAAGCCAGGAAUGGUUUUGUUUUUAGCAGCCUUGGGACGUAUAGACUACUUAGAGGGAAAAAAGCCUGCCUGGUUUUCUGUCUUGGCUUCUAACCUGUUGCCAGUCCAUGUUACUAUGCUGAGUGAUGCAGAUGCUGUCUAUGAGAAGCACGCAGCCCAAGAGUUCCUAAAGGUUCCCAUGGGUGGGGAAGAGAGAAUGAAAGAGUUCCCCCCACUUGUGCCUCAGGAUAUUACACUGACAGGAAUUGGUACCACUGAGGCAGUUGCAGAUAUCAAGCUUUCCUCUGCAGGCUGGGUGGCAGUGACGGCUCACGCGGAAGAGGAAUUGCAGCUCCGAGCCUACACUCCCAAGGGCACUGCGUUGGUGGUGCGGGAGCCACCCCUUCUGCCUUACAUCAGUGCCAUCAGAGGGGUCCGGAUCCCGGGCACUCCUGCCUACAGGACCAAAAAGCCUCCCUCCUUUGUGGAAAACUUGAGAACCACGGGAAGCAGAUAGUGCUGCUCAUCAUCCGAGCAAGGCAGAAGACAGAGCAGCCCCUGAAGAACCUUGUGGCUUAUUGGUGUUCAGAAAACCUUGCACUCAUUUUUAGAGGCCAACGGGCAUAUUUUGGAAAGCAGGUCUGGGGGUAGCUCCACAUCUGAUCCAGCUGCUGAACUGCAGCUGCUUUGAAUGAACUGAGUGGCUGAGACUUCAUUGUGGGAGGGGAAAUAGCUUCUCCAUGGGAUGUGUCAGUAUUAGACAGGCAGAUUCCUUUACCUGUCCCCUCUUGAAAUAUGGGAUGGAAACUCACCCGCGUGACCUGGUCUUGAAAUAUGGGAUGGAAACUCACCCGCGUGACCUGGUCUGACUUUGCUGCUCAUAGAGUGUGUGGUUU